AUGUACCUGUAUAACUUGACAUUGCAAGGAUCAUCAGCGAUAAAUCAAGCAAUUCAUGGGUCAUUUUGUGGAUUUGCAAAGCAACAGGAAGUAUGCGUCGCACGUGGCAACCUUUUACAGUUAUUGUUCUGCGAUCCGAAGACUGGAAAAAUUCACAUUUUAUGUAGUCACAAUACUUUCGGGAUUAUAAGGUCGCUGCUGUCAUUUCGUCUAACUGGUGGAACAAAAGACUACAUUGUUGUUGGUUCCGAUGCUGGACGUAUUGUAAUUCUAGAAUAUAAUGCACAAAAAGUGUGUUUUGAAAGAGUCCAUCAAGAAACCUUUGGGAAAACUGGUUGUCGACGAAUUGUACCAGGGCAAUUUCUUGCUGUUGAUCCAAAAGGACGUGCGAUAUUAAUUGGUGCUGUGGAACGUCAAAAAUUGGUCUAUAUUAUGAAUCGAGAUGUGGCAGCCAACCUGACCAUCAGUUCGCCUCUAGAAGCACACAAAUCUCACUGUAUUUGUUAUAGUGUUGUCGGUGUAGAUGUGGGGUUUGAAAAUCCCACAUUCGCCUGUCUUGAAGUUGAUUAUGAAGAAGUUGACCAUGACUCAACUGGACAUUUUGCUGCAAAAAUCCCACAGACGCUAACUUUUUAUGAACUCGAUCUUGGUUUAAAUCACGUUGUACGAAAGUAUGCUGAGCCACUAGUUGACAAAGGAAAUAUCUUGAUUUCAGUCCCGGGUGGUCAAGAUGGACCUAGUGGUGUUAUUGUUUGUUGCGAGAAUUAUCUUGUAUACAAAAAUUUGGGUGACCAGCCCGAUAUCAGAUGUCCAAUACCAAGAAGAAGAAAUGAGUUAGAUGACUGUGAUCGCACUGUCAUCAUAGUUUGUGUAGCAACACACAAAACGAAAUUAAUGUACUUUUUUUUGGUGCAAACUGAUCAGGGUGAUAUUUUCAAGGUUACUUUGGAAAGUGAACACGAUAUUGUUACUGAGCUUAAAAUCAAGUAUUUCGACUCCGUACCAGUUUCAAAUGCUAUGUGCAUUCUGAAAACUGGAUUUCUGUUCACUGCAAGCGAAUUUGGAAAUCAUCAUUUAUAUCAAAUAGCACAUUUGGGAGAUGAGGAUGAUGAACCUGAAUUUUCAUCUCGAAUGCAACUUGAAGAAGGUGAAACUUUCUUCUUUGCUCCACGUGGUCUCACCAACUUAGCUAUCGUAGAUCAAAUGGAUAGCUUAUCACCAUUAAUUACUUCCUACAUUGAUGAUUUAGCUAAUGAAGACUCUCCACAAAUUUACGCUUUGAUUGGACGGAGCUCUUUUUCUGCUGUGAAAGUUUUGCGUAAUGGUUUGGAAGUGACAGAAAUGGCUCUUUCUGAAUUGCCUGGUAAUCCGAAUGCAGUUUGGACUGUAAAGCGAAACAUUGAUGAUAAAUUUGACUCUCAUAUUGUUGUAUCAUUUGUGAAUGCCACGCUGGUAUUGUCCAUUGGAGAAACUGUUGAAGAAGUGACGGAUUCAGGUUUCCUUGGUACAACACCAACACUAGGGUGUGCACUUAUAGGUGAUGAUGCCUUGUUGCAGGUGUAUCCGGACGGUAUUCGCCACAUUAGAUCUGAUCGUCGAGUGAAUGAAUGGAAAGCACCCGGUAAACGUACCAUUGUGAAAUGUGCUUUGAAUCGAAGGCAGGUGGCUAUUGCUUUGGCUGGUGGGGAACUCGUUUAUUUUGAACUAGAUGUGACUGGGCAACUUAAUGAAUAUACUGAAAGACGAGAACUUCCUGCUGAUGUUCUUUGUAUGAGUUUAAGUGAAAUCCCUGAAGGGGAAUUACGCUCACGUUUUUUAACUGUUGGUUUGGCUGACAAAACAGUUCGAAUCAUAUCUUUAGAUCCACAAGACUGCCUUUCACCUUUAAGUAUGCAAGCGUUGCCAUCAGAACCAGAAUCUAUUAUCGUACUGGAAAUGUUUGGUUCUGAAAUGUAUAGCGCAUCAACUGUGCACUUAAAUAUAGGUUUACAGAAUGGAUGUUUGCUACGAACUACCGUCGAUCAAGUCACUGGUGAACUUACUGAUAAUAGAACUCGAUAUUUAGGCACUAAAAGUGUGAAGUUGUUUCGGGUGAAAAUACAAAAUAAAGAUGCGAUUAUGGCUGCUUCAUCGCGGGCAUGGCUGUUGUAUGAUUACCAAAGUAGAUUUCAUCUUACUCCUUUAUCUUAUGCUGCUUUAGAAUAUGCAGCAGGUUUUUCAUCGGAACAAUGUCCUGAAGGAAUUGUUGCAAUUGCAGAGAAUACUUUGAGGAUUUUAUCACUCGAGAAACUUGGUGCCGUAUUUAAUCAAGUGGUAUACCCCUUAGACUACACACCGCGACGCAUGGUAGUACAUAAACCAUCUGGUAAUUUAAUCAUAAUCGAAAAUGACCAUGCUGCAUUCACAGUAAAAGGAAAAAUGGAACGUCGAAAACAACUAGCUGAUGUCGCAAAAGAAGCAGAAGAGGCUGACCAACAAGCAGUCAAAGAGAUGGCUGAGGCAAUAAGAACUGAAAAAGUCGAUGAAAGGAUAUAUGGCUCACCAAAAAAUCAAUCUGGGAAGUGGGCCUCAACAGUUCGGAUAAUGCGUAGCAGUGAUGGCGAAACACUUUCACAUUUUCCGUUUUCUGAAGAUGAAGCUGCUUUUUCGAUAGCGAUGGUACAAUUUCAGAAUCAAAGUGACAUGCAGUUUGUGCUGGUUGGAUGUGGUUGUGGGUUGCAGCUAAAACCGAGAAAGGCGAAUGGAGGAUGUAUUUAUACAUUUUUGCUAAGUGCUAAUGGUACAAGACUACAGUUGUUACACAGGACGCCUACAGAUGAGGUUGUGAAUGCGAUCCAUGAUUUCCGAGGAAUGGCUUUAGCUGGUGUGGGAAAAAAAGUACGACUGUACGAUCUAGGAAAGAGGAAAUUGCUCGCUAAAUGUGAAAAUAGGCAAAUACCUACUCAGGUUGUUGAUAUUCGAUCUAUGGGACAACGCAUAGUUGUGAGUGAUUCACAAGAAUCGGUACAUUUCAUGCGCUACAAAAAACAGGAUGGUCAGUUGUCAAUAUUUUGUGACGAGACAUCCCCACGUUAUGUUACUUGUGUAUGUUUAUUGGAUUAUGACACAGUUGCAGUCGGAGAUCGUUUUGGGAAUAUUGCUGUGUUACGAUUACCCAAGGGUGUUACUGAAGAAGUGCAAGAAGACCCAACUGGUGUGCGAGCGUUAUGGGAUAGAGGAAAUUUAAAUGGCGCUUCGCAAAAAUUGGAAGCCAUAGCCCACUUUUAUAUCGGCGAUACGAUCACAUCAAUGCAAAAAACAUCUCUUGUGCCUGGUGCUAAUGACUGUCUUACCUAUACGACUAUUUCUGGUUUUAUUGGUAUUUUAGUGCCGUUCAUGUCAAGAGAUGAGUUUGAAUUCUUUCAAAAUCUUGAAAUGCAUAUGAGAGUAGAGUACCCGCCGCUUUGUGGACGUGAUCAUCUCGCAUAUCGUUCUUAUUAUUUCCCUGUCAAGUCAGUUAUCGAUGGCGAUCUCUGUGAACAAUAUUCUUUAAUGCCAAUGGAGAAACAAAAAUCAGUCAGUGAGGAAUUAGGAAGAAAACCACCAGAGGUUGUUAUCAUUUAUUAUUAA